GAGGACUGACCAGUAAGAGAUUUUGGCAGUGUUGACCGUCUCCAAGAUUAUUGAGCGAAUUAACAAAGCAGAGCUCUAAUAUUUGUAUUUUGGUGAGAGUUGCAUUAACAUUAAUAUUUGUAAAAUCAUUUAAAGUUAAAGGUUUAAAUGUGUAGAUUAAGAAUGAAUUUUGUGAACUAGACUAUUUAGCGUAAUAAUAAAGUAGUAAUAAUAUCAGCUUAAAACUAACUUUGCAUGGUCUUAUUUAGUAAAAUAUGAGACCACCGAUUUCAAAUUGUUAUCACCAAACAAAACCGAAUUCAGCAACUGAAUACUUUCUGUAAUCUGACAUUCAUACAUAUACAUAUUUACAUAGUACAUUUAUCAGUGAUAAGAUACGGUUAAAUUUGCAUGAAAACGUUUUUGUAUUAACUACUUAUUCUACGUCGUCAUAAAAAACAAGCAGUGCAGACUUGGUAUAAGUGGAUAAUUUUUACGCGAGGUAUCACAAUACUAAUGGAUCUGACGAUUUCAUAUAUAAGCUCGGGUUAAACAUAUAAUCAAAGUAUGCUAAUUUAAAAACAAUUUUUUAAUUAGUUUAGAGUUGAAUAAAGAAAUCCAAAAACUUGAAUUUGCAAAAAUGGGGCAAAACGAGCGAAAUCGAUCAAUUUGCAAAACUGAGGUGGGAGUCAGUUGUACAUGUGUGAAGUCAAAAGUCUGAAAAACUUGUCUAUGGAUUUAUUUAUUUUAUUUAGCCACUAAAAAUUAUAUAAGAUUUGCAACCAUUUUGGUUUAAUGGCUGGUGCAGCGUGGUCGACCUGUCUGUGAUUACUAGACGAAUCGAAAUCUGAUCGGAUCUGUGUUCACGGGGACAUAGAACGCUUCCAGCUACCGUUCCUGUCCACCGCUAGGCGUUUACACGAAAUGAGGGUCGUCCGGUGUCUUUGCUCCAGGUGCAACUUGUACUUGAAGGUCACGACGGAUGCAGGGGAUCUGGAUUACCAUUCUGAAGCGCAACUAAAGAGCUUGUGCUUCGAAGAUCGGAAAUACCAGACUGCCUUGCUAGAAUAUGCCAAGACCCAUAAUAUUAUGGCUUGCCUACCAACAGGCUCAGGGAAGACCUUUAUUGCUCUGAAGCUGAUUGAACAUUUCGGACCAGUGAUUUCAACGGAGGGUAAGAAAGUCUUCUUUUUGGCCAAUACUAUACCCCUGGUUAAUCAGCAAGCAGCGUUUAUUCAUCGGAAUUCAAGUUUCAAAGUUAGGCACUUAACUGGUGAUAUGGAUGUGGACUACUGGUCGUUAGACAAAUGGGAGGCCAUUGUUAAUGAAUUUAAUGUUAUGGCUAUGACGUCCAUGAUAUUUUUGAAUAUGAUAAAGCACGGCUAUAUUGCAUUCUCUAAAAUCGCCCUCAUCAUUUUUGACGAGUGUCACCAUGCGUUUGGAGAUCACCCGAUGGCCCUCAUAAUGAAGGAGUACUCACGAACAAAGGAGUCAGACCCCAGUUACCAGCUUCCCAGAAUUCUAGGACUUUCCGCAACAAUCAUCAUGGGACCUUGCAAACCCCACGAGGUUGCGUCCAAGAUUCAAGGGUUGGAAAGUACACUGCACAGUGCCGCUCUGACUUACAAAGACUACGAGGAAGUGUUGAGCCAUUCCACGAGCUCUACCAUUGAACGUAUCAGUGUGUCCGAAAAUGACAGGUUCGUUGACGCACUGCAUGUCUCUCAAAUGGAGGAAUACAGCAAAGACUUGCAAGUUUUGCGAAAAAAGAGACAAAAGGAGAGGAUGAUGUCUGCCAAGCUAGCACCUGCUAGCAUUGACUCAAGGUUGAUGAACAACUUGGAGAAUCUUUACCAAUUACAACAGAGAAAGGCUACUCCUGGAGAUUUAAAGGGAGCUCUUGAUGAUGUGCUUCAUGCAUACAAAGAUCUUGGUUUGUAUUGCGCCCUAAUUGCAGUUAAUUUACGUUUGGCAUUUAUCGAAUUUAGUCUAUUAGACAUAAAUGAUGGAAGCGUGAAAGGUUGGUACAUCAAAGUUCGUGACUACUUUCAUAAACUUAGGUAUGAAAUAAACUCGUUCAUGGCGGAUAAUGAAGUGGACGAGAAGAAAUAUGUGCAUAGAUUUAUUUCGCCCAAACUUAAAUCUUUGGUCAGGAUUUUGGAAAAGUACAGGCCAUUUGAAUCCGCCCCAGCAUGCCAAUUUGGAGAUGACAACCGACUGUGUGGACUUGUUUUCACAGAUCGAAGGGGGACUGCUCAAGUGCUUGCGUGGUACUUGAAAGAUUUAGCCAAGCAUAGUAAAACUGAUCAUGGAUUUAUUCGAGCCAACUUUGUCGUGGGUACUUCACGGUCUGCAUUUGAGAGCGUUGAAUCACGUGUCUAUGCCAGGAAGCAAAUGGAAACGCUGAACAAGUAAUAAGCAAUACAUAUGUUGUCUAAAAUUAUGUAGGUCCGAUUCGACCCAGUCAACACUUAUACGUCAUACAUCCAGAGCAUGGGAAGAGCUAGGAAGAAAGGAGCUACGUUUUAUGCUUUGCUCCCAGAAAAUGAUUAUUUCAAACUAUCUGAAAAACUGACCUUGUUUCAAGAAAUUAACCAAAGUAUUAUAUUACAUUUAAAGAGAAAUGUAGAAAAAAUCGACGCCGACCUGCACACGAUAAAAAAUUCGUGGCAAGCUGAUGUAAUCCCUCCAAUUUGUCCUGGGGGGUUACCAGAUAGUCCUAAAAUAACAAUGGACUCCGCGUAUGACGUGGUGGAGAGAUAUUGUAAUCUCCUGCCCUCAGAUGGAAUUGCGACUCUGCAGACUAUGUCCUGGUGGAGCGAUGAUCAGCAUAUUCUUGGUCAGUACAAAGCUUAUCUGAAGCUGCCACUAAACGGAGCAUUGAAACAGACAGUUGAAGGAAAAGCCAUGAGAAAUAAAGAAUCAGCAAGACAAGCCGUGUACAUGGCCGCAUCACAACUUCUGCUGGACGCUGGGUGCUUGGAUGACAGGCUUGUUCCAUGUCAUCCCACCAUUCCUAUCAAAAUACAGAAAUACUUCAAGUAUCUCGUCCCAUUUGGCGAAGGACCUGAUGAGGAAGACGAAACCCCAGAGCCAGGGGAGCUUAAUGAGAAAACGGAAAAGGAUGAAGUAAUUUAUCGAAACGAAUGGUAUCCUAAAAGGAUCCCAAAGGUGCUUGUAGGUCCUCCACUUUCGAGUCGUCAAGAAGUUUACGUUUAUAAAGUGAAUUUUGACUUGGCUAAAGAACGAGAACAAUCCCCAUGGACUAAUUUGUAUAAGUUCCAUAAUUCGGAGGUGGGAUUUGCUAUAAUUACUACCCAAUCAAUUCCAAAUGUUGGUGUGUUUCCACUUUUUGGGACGUUUGGAACCAUCCACUGCACCGUUACUCCUCUAAAAUUGGGAAUGAAAAAUAAUGCAGACUUAAAAUUGAAUGAUCGGUUGCUGGAAAGGUUAAAGUAUGUUCAGCACAGCUUGUUCUCUGAUGUUUUAGGAUUGAAACAUCCUCUCCUUCGAGGAGAUUCAGAAAGUUCCUGGUUGAUCACCCCCAUAACCAAGGUUAAAAAUACUUGGAUAUUGAACGAGAAUAUUGAAAAGGAGCUUAAAGAAAUUGAUGCCAUCCAAAAAAUGAGACCACCACGGAUAAGUAGAGAUCAGUCGAGGAGCCGAGUACCAUCACGAUCAACAUCGAGUUUGCAAAAAUCCUUUGGAAAUUCAGUAGUCUUCCCGUGGUACAAAAGACCGAAACCUGCUUAUCUCGUAGACUGUGUCAUGGAAGAUUUGUCACCAAUGAUGGAGUUUCAGGGUGGAACUUACAAAAACUUUCUAGAGACAGAGUAUAAAGUGAGGAUUCAAGAUUCGAACCAAAAAUUAUUAAAAUGCAAACUUGCUGGAAUUGCUCUGGGUCGGAAAGAAAGGGACCCGCUGCAGAUGAACUAUCUCUUGGAAAAAUUUAAUAAAGAGGACGAAUAUCCAAUUUACAUGGUUCCAGAACUUGUGUAUUCGAUUAACAUCCCUGCAACUUUAUUCGUACAACUUAAACUACUUCCUAGCGUACUUCACCGCCUUUCGAGGCUUUUGUUGGCCCAUGAGCUUCUGGCUGAGGUCUCUGCCUGUACGGGAUGGCCUAAGAUUCAAACGGAAGUCAUUCAUGGCGUGGCUGAGCUGGAAUUAGUAUCUUCAGCCCAUGAAAUGCAGAAAAAGGAGAAUGAAAAUCGUAGAAAACGAAGGGUCGAACUUCGCAAUGAAAAAAUCCAGUCAAAGAAACAGAAACCAACUAAACCACACAUUGAGGAGCGAGACCUUCAUUAUGAAUUCAUUCAUCCAAACGACAUUACUUUGAAAGAUAUCAACUUGUUCCAUGAAGCCGUCUCUGUACAGUCUGCGGCAAAAAAAAUGACACUGCAGUCGGCCGAAAUUGAGUUAGUGAGUGCAGAAUUGUCGCUGAAAUCAAAAUUUGAACUCCUAAACAUUGAGGAUAUUAAGUUGAAUCCGUUGGACAAACCUCUGGAUCGUGAUAACAUGGGACCUUCCUUACUUACCAUUAUGGAGGCAUUGAGCUACAAGUUGUCCAACGAGGGGUUGGUCGCCGAGAGAUACCAAGCUAUUGGAUCGUCAUUUUUGUCCUUUGCCACGUCCUUGUUCGCAUUUUGUAACUUUCCUUUGUAUGGAGAACCUUUAUUGAUUCAGUUACGCAACAAUCUUCUGACUUUACGAGUUCUGCAUAUGUUCUGCAAGAGGAAAGGCCUUCCUAAAAUGAUAAGCGGGAGCGAUUUUCAUCCUGGUGCUAGUUGGAUUCCACCUGGGAAACGGCUUGUCCUCGAGUAUCUUGGUGAACUUGUUGCAGAGAGCAAGUUGCAUUUAAAUAUAUUUGAUGAACUGAUUGUUAACCAGAAUCCGAGGAUUAAUAGAAAUAAAUUGGACGACAUGAGUCGCCAGCAAAUUGAAGAAUUUAUAAACAAAAAGGCUUCUUUAACUCCUGGCGCUACGGAAGAGUCUUCGACAACUGCACCAGCACCACACUCAUCUGAUCGUAGAUCUCAACCAAAUCGAAAAAAGCCUGCGUUAUACUCCUUUAAACACGCCACAUUCACUCACACCGAGUUACCAAAUUACGAGGUGGUCAACAAAUUGCAUGGGCUCGUAGGAACUUUCUUCGUCAGCAAUGGAUCCCAUGGGGCUUACAAAGCUUUGCAGUGGCUGAACAUUCAAGCGCCAGAUUGGGAGGGUACUGGCAGAGACUUGAAUGAUUUUACAAGGGGGUUUCCAGAUGAUGUUGCAGUUUUUGAAAGGAGUUUGACGGCGAAUCCUGGCCGUGAACUAUUCCCUCAGUUUGAGGCUUUGGAGGAAUUGAUUAAAUAUCAGUUUAAUAAUAAGGCGUUGCUGCUUCAAGCAUUUACUCAUCCGACUUACCCCGGUCACAAUUUACAAGACUGUUACCAAAGACUAGAAUUUGUAGGGGAUGCUGUUCUGGACCUCCUCUUGACGAACUACGUAUACUCCCAAGAACCAUGUGGUCGAAGUGCAGAAGAUUUGCAAAGUAUCCGUUCCGCAUUUGUUAACAAUGUGACCUAUGCUUCACUCGCUGUCCGUCAUGGAUUUCAAAAACACCUCUUGUCCAUGUCAAAGCCCUUGACGGACAUGAUUGACAACUUUGUUGUUUUUCAAGAGAGUAUGGAACAUCAUGUCGUUGGCCACUUUUCCCUUGUAACAGAUGAAGAGUGCCGUGGGCCAAAGCAUAUUGAAGUACCCAAGGUUCUUGGCGAUAUCUGGGAAGCCCUGGCUGGUGCAAUUUACAUUGACAGUAAGUCUUUGGAUGUCGUAUGGCGUGUAUUUUAUCGCCUCAUGCUGAAUGAACUUGACGUUUUCUGGGAGACAAAACCCCCAUCCCCCAUCCAUUCACUAAAAUCAUUGAUGGCAGAAGACGAAAUUGAAAUUAAGUUCAGUGGGUACUCUGGGGCCUCCACACGUGCUCGUGGAAGGGAAUGUUGUCGGAUAGAUGUGGGACGGUUUGGAAAGUACUUUGGAAUGGGGACGACAUACCCGAGGGCGAAAGAAGCAGCCACAAAACUUGCUUUAAAACUAAUCAAAGAAGAAACAGAUUUCAUAAAGGAUCGUGACGCUACAAAGAUCAUGCUCUUAUGUUAAGUAUUAUUUUGAAUUCUGGACAGAAAGACUGAGUUUGGUCUAUAAUUUUUGGACAACUUAUCAAUAAAUUGUAAUACGUUACAUAUCUAUGUUGUAA